AUUGUGUAUCUUUCAGAAGGUGUCGGUACAAAACAGAUCUGUAAACGAUGGCUGCUGGAAGCAAUGUUGAUUGGACACUUUUACCUUCUGACGUAAUCGUUCACGUGUUUUCGUUCCUGAACUCACAUGACCUAAAUCAUGCAUCACGUGUUUGCAACACCUGGAACGAAGCAUUCGAUCAUCCAACACUCUGGCAGACUUUUGAAUUCUGGUUUUUCCUACCGUCGCAUGUUUCAUACCUGGAGGGUGCAAAAAAGUACGGAAAAUACAUGAAAAAAGUUUUUAUAGGUGUAAAUCAAAUGUUGACUCACAACCGACAAAAUGCUUGUGCACUUUUAGAAAUUCUCUCCCGAAUAGACCGUCGACGUAUAACUUACUUAAAAAUUGCAUUCACUGGAGAAAAUCCUCUUUUCUAUUCCGGCCAAGAAUUCCUCGACGGAUUGAGUAUUUUAUUUUCUAAAGUUGCGGACAACGUAGAGGCGCCUAUAGCCACAUUACAAUACGUGGAUCUAAGUGGAUUAUCAGUUCCUAUUGAUGAUCGGGUGAUAGACGCUCUGUCAGAAAAUCACACAGGAUUAAAAUACCUUGAUAUUCAGAACAAAGUGAUUAUCAGCAAAACAACUUCUGACUGUAUCUUGCGUCUUGUGGAGAGAUGUAGGGAUUUACGAGAUCUCCGUCUCUACUAUUGCAGUAUCUCAAACGAAGUAUUGGAAGCGUUUACUGAGCACGAUCGAACCGACGUUGAGCAUAUAUCCAUUGUAUGCAGACGAGAAGUAAAAUUUGGAUACGAACUUGAAACGGAGGCGUGGGAAGAUUUGACUACCCGUAUACCUUCAUUGCGAGUAACCCUGGGCUUCGAUCAUACGUGUCCUUACCAAUUAAUUUCUGCAAUAAUGAAGCCUGUUAUACCAGUGCGUACAUUGAAAUUGGAAACUUUCGCUAUAUGCCAUGACGAAGUUAACUUGGCAGCUACAUUAUAUAAUAAAACGCUCGAGAAAUUAGUUCUUCAAACAAGAAACUCUCUAGAACUGGAGGCGGCGCUACUGAAAGUUGCACGGACAUGUACUUUACUGCGUUCGCUUUUGGUUUACUGUGUAGUAAGACGGGAGACUAUAAAUGAGAUUUUUCGUUUACAUCCUGACAUGGAAGAAAGGGGAACGUAUAUUUUGAAGUCGGAAGUUGAACCUGAACCGUGGGUUGUUGGUGUAGAAGAAGGGGACUGAGUUUUUUUAUAUAUGAGAUUGGUUUUUAAAAAUAUAAAGUUUGAAACCCG